AACAGAUUAAUCGUACUGAAGCGAAAACCCGUAUUGGACUUUUUGUUGCAGGAGGUUGAAAAAAAAGCGCAUAGUGUUGUAGCUCUGCGUCUCUUUUAGAGCUUCAGAUCUUGCUUUAGUCCAUCUUCUUCGAGAUCGAUUUCUAGGAUUUCCCCAAACAAUGGUGAAGCCGAGGUACUCCCGCCUACCGCCUCGGAAGUCGUCGUCUUCAGCUAUGGCUCUCACCAUGCUCGUCAUGUUCACCUGCGUCAUUCUCAUCCUCCUCGCUCUCGGAAUCCUCUCGAUUCCCAGCAUUUCCGGUGGAGAUUCGCCAAAGGCCGCCAACGAUCUCAGCACCAUUGUACGGAACACGAUGGAUAGGAUUGAUGCAGAUGAGGAAAUAGGGGAGCAAUGGAUGGAAUUGAUCUCCUGGGAGCCUAGAGCUUUUGUUUACCAUAAUUUCUUGACCAAGGAGGAGUGUGAGUAUCUAAUCAGUCUUGCGAAGCCUCACAUGGAAAAAUCAACAGUUGUUGACAGUGAAACUGGAAAGAGUAAAGAUAGUCGGGUUCGUACAAGCUCUGGAACAUUUCUGGCUAGAGGACGUGAUAAAUUAAUUAGAAACAUUGAGAAGAGGAUUGCUGGUUUCACCUUUUUACCUGUAGAGCAUGGGGAAGGACUUCAAAUACUCCACUAUGAAGUUGGACAAAAAUAUGAGCCUCACUUUGACUAUUUCCUAGAUGAGUUCAACACCAAAAAUGGGGGUCAGCGGAUGGCUACAGUUCUUAUGUAUCUCUCAGACGUUGAAGAAGGUGGUGAGACGGUGUUUCCUGCGGCCAGGAAUUUUAGCUCCGUGCCUUGGUGGAAUGAGCUAUCUGAUUGCGGGAAAGAAGGACUUUCUGUUAAACCAAAGAUGGGCGAUGCUCUGCUCUUCUGGAGCAUGAACCCUGAUGCCACUUUAGAUCCAUCAAGUUUACAUGGUGGUUGCCCUGUAAUUAAGGGGAACAAGUGGUCAGCUACUAAAUGGUUGCACAUAAACGAGUACAAAAUCUGAGCAAUCGAGUUGAAGGUUUAAAUGAGUUCUCAUCUCAUUGUUGUACCAUAAAGUCUCGGUCAGAGGUCCAGCCCUAUACGGCUAAAGCUCUCACAUGUAACCUUGUCUACAGAGCUCAAUGCCGGCUUGCCCUUUAUUUUCAUGUACCACCACUCCUUUUCUCACAUUUUUGUUCCGCGAUUUUCUCACCUCAAUAUAAAAAAAUGAAGUUUUUAUUUGUAUUUAAAAAUCAAAAGGUCUAGGACAUUUAUCGUUAACAAAUAUGCCUAAUUAAGCCAGAAGAUUGUAUUUAAUGAAUGCAUAUUGUGUUUCUUU